AUGUCGGAAUCCAGUUUUAUCUUCACUGCUGUUUCUAGCAACGCACACCAGCUCUACACUCUUCUUCAUUGCAUUGGGUUUGCACAGAAUGCAACCGUACAGAUAACACCGGACGGAAUUCGCUUUUCUGUUGAAGAAGGACGAGUGGUACAAGGACUUGCGUUUCUAGACAAAGCUCUCUUCACCACCUAUACUUUCAAUCCGCCACCGACAUCCAAUCACGGAGGCGGCCUUUCGAUGGGAGAUGCCGAAUCAGACGGGUCAAGCUAUCCUUGUUUUGUUGUUUCGCUUUCAGCCCUACUCGAGACUCUGAAAAUAUUCGGUGUGGGCGAGUCUUCAACCGCCAGCGCCAGCCGGGCAGGAAGCGUUCAGCCAUCAACUGUUUCGGCGUCUAGUGCAUUUAAUGCUCCUGCUUUACUUCUCAACAGGUCAUGUACCUUGCAUUAUCCAAGGCUCGGGGCGCCUCUCAGCAUUACGUUAGCUGAAACGGGUGUGAAAACUACCUGCGAGUUGACCACCUAUGAACCUGACGAAGGCGAGGUUGAAAUCCCUUUUCAACGCGACGGCAUAAUCAUGAAGAUUAUCAUGCGCUCGGCCUGGUUGUACAAUGCAAUCACGGAGCUCGGUUCUACAAGCCCGGGAAUUCUUAGGAUAUCCGCGUCUGCAAAGGAAGAGCCGUUCUUCACAUUAUCCGGCUCUGGCGGCCCAUUUAGCCAAUCUUCAGUUGAAUUCUCGAUUGAAGAUACCCAGAACAAUGGAACCCAGGCCGACUCUCAUCGCAAAAUUUUAACCAACGACGGAACUUCUCGAUCACGCGCUACAAGGACAAAACUGGCACCGACAGUCACGGAAACCUUCCUCGUCAGUCCGCCUUCUUCAAUGGGUGACCGGAUCAAGCAGGACUAUCGAUUUACGUUCAUUCACAAGGCAGCCCGUGCCAUGGCUGCAGCUAAUAAAGUGAGCAUCCGUGGUGAUCGACAGGGAGUGCUAAGUCUUCAAUUCAUGAUUGAAUUCGAUGCAAAUGGGCAUGUUGUCACAAGCAACUCCACGCGCUCACAAGUGAGAGACACCCCAGGGUCGACCGUGAGCUUUGUAGACUUUCGGUUUGUGCCUUUACUCGACGAGGAUGGGCUUGGGGGCGAUGCGAUGCUUGAUGAGAUGGAUUGA